AUGGAUGAUAGGUUGCAGAAUGCUGCCAUGGAAGGAAAUGUGGAUGCAUUAUAUUCAGUACUUGCAGAGGAUCCUUACGUUUUAGAGAGUAUUGAUCUAAAGGAGAAGUACCAGGAACUUGUAACAUGGUUGAUAAAACAUGACAGUGAGCUUGUCCGUGUUAAAGAAAAGGGGAUGGUUACUCCUCUGCACCAUGCAGCUCAACUAGACGAUGAAUCCAGUGUGGCUGACUUUUUGUAUGUUUGUCCAUUAUCAAUCGAAGAGUUGACUGUUGAAUCUGAAACUGUUGUACAUGGGGCUGUAAAAAAGGGGAGUUUGAAAGCCUUUAAAGUCUUGUUAGGAUGGCUUCGACGCUUCAACAAAGAGGAGAUCCUGAAGUGGAAGGACGAGGAAGGAAACAAUCCAUUGCAUACUGCAGUGUCUGCAGAUCAACCUGAGAUGGUGAAGCUGUUGAUUGGAUAUCUGAAAGUGAAUAUAAACAACAGUAAAGGUUUGACAGCUUUGGACAUCUUCUACUUUCGCCGAUGUCAAGGUUUGGUAGAUGCAGCAGUUGGGGACAUUCUACUUGCUGCUAAUGCUAAAACUGCUUGUCAACUCCAUCGUCCGUCUUUAAGAGAUGCAAAAAGAACUUUAUUAGUCGAGUACUUUUCUGGUGGCUUAAUGUUUUCAGAAAAAAUUCUGAAAAGAUUCUCGCUGGGUUACCGAAGAGUUGAUGAAGUUCCUCUUGAAGUCCGGAAUGUACUACUUGUGGUGGCUAUAUUGAUAGCCACAGCCACCUAUCAAGCAGCACUAACCCCCCCUUCAGAUUCUCGCUGGGUUACCGAAGAGUUGAUGAAGUUCCUCUUGAAGUCCGGAAUGUACUACUUGUGGUGGCUAUAUUGA